AUGCACGCGAUUUUGCGAACGUUUUACAAAAGUAGGGAUCAAAGCUACCAGUGGAUCAGUCGUUCCAUACCCGUGAAUUAUCGAUCAAGAUUGUACCAUGGCGAUAACGGGGUUUACGGUUAUAAACCGAAGACACCGAGAUCCUUCGAAGUACCGAAAGAGUACCUGGAAACACGUUCGAAAUAUAGCAAUUUCUACAGGCUCGUUACUGCAUACAGAGAACUGGCUCACAAGCAAGCAAACGUAGAUCCCAUCUCGCCGAAAAGACCGAUAUCAGUGGCAGAACUGAACCCAGAAAGAUACGGUUUAAAUCUGAACGACCGAGUUUCCUUCAAGGGAAUUCUGGAAAUGGGGAAAGAGGAAGGAACCGUGGAGGAAGCGUUAAAAUUUCUGGACAAGACUUACAGUGACACGAUAGGACUGGAGUUUAGCUAUCUGGAGACCGAAGAGGAGAGAGAAUGGUUCGCGGAGACCGCGGAGAAGUGUUUAGCGGAACCACUGACAGAUGAAACGCGAGUAGCUAUCGCGAUGGAAAUGCUCAAGAGCCAGACCUUCGAACAGUUCAUGGCUAUCAAGUUCGUGAGUCUAAAAAGAUACAGCGGCGAGGGUGCCGAAAGUAUGACAGCCUUCUUCCACGAAUUUUUUAAACUAUGCACUAAUGAUAAUUUAGAGUACGUCGUACUCUGUAUGCCGCACCGAGGUCGUCUGAAUUUUCUCACGGGAAUGCUGAAUUUCCCUCCAGAAAAAUUGUUCCGAAAACUACGAGGAUACUCCGAGUUCCCGGACGACGUUACAGCCACUGGCGAUGUAGUUACGCACUUGGUUUCAUCCACUGACCUGAACAUCGAUCGAAAACGUCUUCACGUAACGAUGCUACGAAAUCCCUCGCAUUUGGAAGCCGUGAACCCGGUUUCCAUGGGAAAGACUCGUGGGAUGAUGCAGGUCGUAAAGGACGGUGCUUAUAACGAGAAUGAAAACGUUCAAUGGAGCGACAGAGUGUUAAACAUACAAGUACACGGAGACGCAGCUUACGCUGCUCAGGGUGUCGAUCAGGAAUGCUUAGCACUGUCUGCGGUUCCUCAUUUCGAAAUAGGUGGAACUAUUCAUCUGAUAAUCAACAAUCAGUUAGGUUUCACGACACCACCUUCCAGAGGCAGAUCGUCACGGUAUUGCACGGACCUAGCGAAAAUGAUCUCCGCUCCGGUGAUACACGUGAACGGGGACGAUCCCGAGAUGGUCGUGCGAGCAGCUAGAUUAGCCUUCAGAUAUCAGAGAAAGUUUCGGAAAGACGUGUUCGUGGAUUUAAAUUGCUUUAGGAGAUGGGGUCACAAUGAGCUGGACGAUCCUGUGUUCACGAAUCCGGUCAUUUAUCAAAUCAUACAAAAUCGCCCAUCGAUACCCGAUCGAUACGUGGACGAACUCGCAAAGGGCAACGUCCUAUCAACGGCGAAGGCGAAGAACAUUGUCGAGAGCUAUCAUGCCGUGCUAAAUAAAGCGUUGAAUAAAGUAGAUAUGUAUGUCCCGCAGCCUGCGUAUUUCGCCGGCAUAUGGAGCGGCAUAAAACAAGCUGACGCUUGUAUAACGCAGUGGGACACGGGAGUUAAUUUAAGCUUAUUGAGAUUCAUCGCCGACAAGAGCGUCCACAUCGAGGAUGACUUGAUAAUACACCCGAAAUUAAAAAAGAGUCAUAUUCAACCGCGAUUGGAAAAAUUAGCCAGCGGUGAACACUUGGAUUGGGCUACUGCCGAAGCUCUGGCAAUCGGAACCUUGUUGUAUCAAGGAUAUAAUGUCAGGAUAAGUGGACAGGACGUAGGCCGUGGAACGUUCUCCCACAGACAUGCAAUGCUCGUGGAUCAAUCCACAGGAGAUAUCCAUAUUUCGUUGAACUCUAUGAUCGAGGGGCAAACAGGGAAGUUAGAGCUGGCUAAUAGUAUUCUAGCGGAGGAAGCGGUUUUAGGAUACGAGUACGGUAUGAGUAUAGCUGUUCCAACUACUUUGACGAUAUGGGAGGCACAGUUUGGAGACUUUUUUAACGGGGCACAGAUCGUUAUCGAUACGUUCGUAACCAGCGGCGAAGCAAAGUGGAUGCUAAGCAGCGGUUUAACGAUACUUUUGCCGCACGGUUACGACGGUACAGGUCCCGAACAUAGUUCCUGUAGGCUCGAAAGAUUUCUGCAGAUGACCGACAGCAACGAAGACAAACCCGACGGCGAUAAUGUCAAUAUGCAUGUGACCAACCCAACGACACCGGCACAAUAUUUUCAUUUAUUGAGAAGACAAAUGGUGAGGAACUUUAGGAAACCGUUGAUAAUAGUAGCACCGAAAAUACUGUUGCGCCAUAUCGCUGCGACCUCGGCGUUAGCGGAUAUGGGACCGCAGACAACAUUUAAAAGCGUUAUAGGAGACGAAAAGGCGAAGGCGUCUGAAGUAACUAAAAUAAUUUUCGUAACUGGGAAACACUAUUACGCUCUCGACAAUUUUAGAGAGACUACAGAACAGAGUAACGUUGCAAUUAUCCGAGUCGAAAGUUUGUGCCCCUUCCCGGUUCAAGAUCUUUUGCAAGAAAUCGACAGAUACAAACGUGCUAACACUUUCAUAUGGAGUCAAGAGGAACCGCAAAAUAUGGGAGCGUGGAGCUUUGUCAAACCCCGUUUUGAGAAUUUGUGUGGUAGACCGCUAAGAUAUAGUGGUCGCAAGACCAUGGCCGCGGUUGCCGUUGGCGAAGGACAGUUGCAUCAACAAGAAGCUCAAGAAGUUAUCGUAAGGCCCUUUAACAUGAAAUGAUGCUCGUAUUCCAUUAUACGUUUGACUCUGUUUUAUUUUAACACUCGGUUCAACUGCCAAAAAUUACAUUUACCUGUAUAACAUCGUUUUAUACUAUGUUAAGGAAUAAAUUAUUUAUACGUCGUGAAUAUUUA